AUGAAGGGCUACGAUAUAAAGACUGAUACCCUCACCUUCACCUCAUCUGGUCAAGGUGUUGGUACAAUGCGGCUGUAUAGAUUAGCGCGAGCUACCUCAACAAAUCAGUCAUCGACAAUCGUGCUGUCCUCGAUCGUCUCCAAUUGCGACUAUGGCACAUACGAUGUGUCACCAGAUGGCAAGCGAGCUGUUCUCGGUUGCUUACAACCAUUUAAAAAUACUAAAUUGUACCUCAUGAAUGUAGAUAUGCCUAGUAAUAAUAGACUACUAGAUGGCGCUGAAGAAGCUCAUAUCCCAUUCGACCUUCCUGAGCUCUCCUAUGAGACUGUUAGGCUACCAUCAGGUUAUGAAGUCCACAUUGGCCUAAUGAAACCACCUAAAUUCGACCCAUCACUGAAAUAUCCCAUGCUCGUCGACGUUUAUGGUGGUCCAAACAGUUGUCGGAUCCGCCGAUCUACACCGAAUCCCAAUAUGAUUCAUUUUUGCUCGAGCCUCGGCGUGAUCGUGGCAUGGAUUGACGGCCGAGGGUCUUCAAAUCGAGGUAGUUUAUCCUGUACAAACUGA